AUGGAGGAGCAGCAGGAGCACCAACAACAGAAUGGAGAGCAACAGCAGCAACAGCAGCAGAACCACCACACCCAGCAGCAGCAUAGCAAGCAGCAGCAGCAGCAGCAAAGACCUGUCUUCCGCGUGCAGCUGCCACGGGAGCUGCUGUAUAAACCCCUUAUACCUGCUGCAGUAGAAGAGGCCCUGGGGCCCCCUGCUGCAGAUACACCUGCGUUGUCUCUUGACGAAGCUGCUGCUAAGGCAAUAGAGGCAUGGAUUAAUCCCGCCUUUGUCUGUGUUGCUGCUCCUGCAGCAGCAGCAGCAGCAGCGGAGGAAAAAGGAAAAAGAGAGGAAACACCAGAGGACAGACUUCCUGCAGCAGCAGCAGGAGCAGGAGUAGCAGCUAAUGGUGCUGCAGUAGCAUCUGCAGAGGCUGCAACAGCAGCAGCAGCAGCAGCAUGUGCAGCAGCAGGAGGUGAUGCUGCUGCAGCAAUUACAUCUCUUGCUUAUGCAGAGAUAAAAGAAGGGGAAGUAAUAUUAUAUGCACAACGUGUACUUAAUAUUAAUACUAAACUGCAGCAGCAGCAGCAGCAGCAGCAGCAGCAGCAGCAACAGCAGGUGGGGCAGCAGCAGCAGCAACAGCAGCAGCUGCAGCAGCAGUUAAUUCGUGGAUCUAUUCCUGUAUUAGGUGCAGGGGAAGAUAUGUCUCUUCCUUUGCGUCUGCUGCUGCUAGCGCAUGCAGCAAGAGCAUUAGCAGCAGCAAUGGAUGAGGAGCAGGAGACAGGAAAGGAGACAGAAAAGGAGACAGAAAAGGAGACAGAAAAGGAGACAAAUAAGCAGCAGCAGCAGCAGCAGCAGCAGCAAGAUGAGCCUCUUGUUGCUCUGCAUGCGCUGCAGUCUGUUAUAUAUAAAGCCCUAGAGUUAUCUGUCCCUUUCUUACCUGAUCCUUAUAUGUCCUCUGCUGCCCCUCCACAGCUGCAGCUGCAGCAGCAGCAGCAGCAGCAGCUGCUGCUGCAGCAGGACCCCGCCUGGCAGCAGCAGAUCCUCCGCUUACUCUCCCUUCCUUAUAAGAGCAACAGAUGUCUCUCUCUUGCUAUACAGCGUGUCUUACUGUCUCCUUUAUCCCGUUCCCCUCCCUUCCGCUUCUCUGCCUCCCAGCAGCAGCAGCAGCAACAGCAGCAACAGCAGCAGCAGCAGCAGCAGCAGCAAUGGACAGCAGAGGACUUAUUCCUAUGGACAGCAGUAGAUUCUUUAUGCAUACAAUGCUGUCUCCUUAUGACGAAGGGGGAGGAGACGAUUGUCUCCUCCCUGCAGCGGCUAAAUGUUUGUGCUGCUCCCUCCCCUAAGCAAGGAGACAUGGAGACAGCAGCAGCAGCAACAGCAGCAGCAGCAGCAGCAACAACAACAGCAGCAGCAGCACAGCAGAAGAUGUUGCUAACACAACCUUCCUUCAAGGAGGAGACCUCUCGCUGCUCUACAAAUGUAUUUGUCUAUAUUUUAUCCCCUAAGGAACAUCCUCUACCUGAUGCUGCAUGCGCUGCUGUACUUAUACUAUUAAAACAGAGAUGGUGUCAUGAGGUACUGCAGCAGCAGCAGCAGCAGCAGCAGCAGCAGCAACAGCAGCAGCAGCAGCAGCAACAGCAGCAGCAGGGACGACAGACAGCGGGGGGUGAUGAAGUAUCAACAGCAGAAGCAUCACAAGAGAGAGCAGCAUUACCAGCAGCAGAUGGAGAAACAGCAGCAGCAGGAGCAGCAGCAGGAGCAGCAGCAGGAGCAGCAGCAGGAGCAACAGGAGGAGGAGGUACAGAGAAUAUACUAGAUAUAAAUUUAAAUAUAUUAACAUUUGUUAUUACAACUCAACUUAUAAAUAGACACGAGCCUAUAGCUGAGGGAUCAGAGAGAAUCUCUUGUGUCCUUAAUUGGCUUAAGCUUGUAUUGCUGCCUACAAGCAGCAGCAGCAGCAGCAGCAGCAACAGCAGCAGCAGCAACAGCAACAGCAACAGCAACAGCAGCAGCAGCAACAAUGAGGAAGAUUUGGGUCCCUUUUAUCGUAUGGGUCUGCUGCUGCUGCAGCGCAACAGCCAGCAGCUGCUGGGGGCACUAGAUCGUCUUGCGUCACAGAUGGAUGCAGAGGAGCUGCUGACGCAGCAGCAGCAGCAGCAGCAGCAGCAGCAGCACCAUACACCAUACCUAAUGGGGGGUAAAGCCCCUACAACAGCAGAUAAAAUUGAAUUAAUUAAGCCAUGUGUAGGUAAUAAAAGACAAACAAAUGCUGCUUGUGAGCAACGCAUGCGCUUGGGGCUUGUUUGUAUGGUGCUUACGGAGGUACGGGGCUUAGCACAUAAGGCAAUGACUAAACAUAAAAUUAAAUCUUAA